CGAUUUAGAGAAAUGACAACAAUAAUAAAAAGUGGGGAUAAUUUUUGAUUUCUGAUAGAAAGAAAGAGAAACAAAGAAAGGCGGGACCGAUCCGCCAUUAAUGCUACCACCCAACUACAAGGCUUUUCUCACACACUCUCUUCUCUCAAUCUCUUGGCUCAGAACAAAGAAGAUAAAAAAAAAAGUGUGAUAUAUUGUGAGAAGAUUGCAGAAGCGUGUCCAACUUGGUUCCCUCUCUCUCUGAAAUUACUCAAUCAUGGGGAUUUGCUUGAGUGCUCAGGUCAAAGCUGAGAGCUCAGGAGCGAGUACGAAGUAUGACGCCAAAGAUAUAGGAAGUCUUGGGAGCAAGGCUUCGUCUGUGUCUGUAAGACCAAGCCCUCGAACUGAGGGUGAGAUCUUACAGUCUCCAAAUCUCAAGAGUUUUAGCUUUGCUGAGCUUAAAUCAGCAACCAGGAAUUUUAGACCAGACAGUGUGCUUGGUGAAGGUGGAUUCGGUUGUGUUUUCAAAGGAUGGAUUGAUGAGAAGUCUCUCACUGCCUCAAGACCAGGCACGGGUUUGGUUAUUGCCGUCAAAAAGCUUAACCAAGAUGGUUGGCAAGGUCACCAGGAGUGGCUGGUAAUAAUGCUAUAAGUUAAAAUAUGCCAAUUUUGGUUCUUGUUUGUUUUUCAUUAAUCUUCAGUUUUGAUGAUUUUGCAGGCUGAAGUGAAUUACCUUGGUCAGUUUUCUCACCGUCACCUUGUGAAGCUGAUUGGUUAUUGCCUAGAGGAUGAGCACCGUCUUCUUGUUUACGAGUUCAUGCCUCGGGGUAGCUUGGAGAAUCAUCUUUUCAGGAGAGGUUUGUACUUCCAACCGUUAUCUUGGAAACUUCGGUUGAAAGUUGCUCUUGGUGCUGCAAAGGGACUUGCUUUUCUUCACAGUUCCGAGACAAGAGUGAUAUACCGAGAUUUCAAGACUUCUAAUAUCCUUCUUGACUCGGAGUACAACGCAAAGCUUUCUGAUUUUGGGUUGGCUAAGGAUGGGCCAAUAGGUGAUAAAAGUCAUGUCUCUACACGAGUCAUGGGUACACACGGAUAUGCAGCUCCUGAAUACCUUGCAACCGGUCAUCUAACAACAAAGAGUGAUGUCUAUAGCUUCGGGGUUGUCCUUCUGGAGCUGUUGUCUGGUCGUCGAGCAGUGGACAAGAACCGCCCAUCUGGAGAGAGGAACCUUGUGGAGUGGGCUAAACCAUACCUCGUAAACAAAAGAAAGAUAUUCCGAGUCAUUGAUAAUCGUCUUCAGGACCAGUACUCUAUGGAAGAAGCAUGUAAAGUGGCUACUCUGUCUCUGAGAUGUCUCACCACAGAGAUUAAGCUGAGACCAAACAUGAGCGAGGUUGUUUCGCACCUCGAACACAUUCAGUCUUUAAAUGCUGCUAUAGGAGGAAAUAUGGAUAAAACAGAUAGAAGAAUGCGUAGGAGAAGUGACAGUGUUGUCAGCAAAAAAGUGAAUGCAGGUUUUGCUCGACAGACUGCUGUUGGCAGUACAGUUGUUGCUUAUCCUCGCCCAUCAGCCUCGCCACUGUAUGUUUGAAUAGGGUUAAACACGUCCUGGGUCUGUGUUCAGUGUUCUUGGUAAAACAUUUGCAGGACAUGAAGUUCCUAUAUCAUGUCCUGAGAAUGGAAUCUGGAUGUACAGUUUUUGUCUCUCUUAAUGUAAGAAUUCUGUUUAAAUACAGUUCACCUCUCAUUACACUACGACAAACAUUUAAUUUUGAUCUUUGUAACAUGAGGAUUCAUCAACAUAAUGAUAAGUUCGUUCGCA